GUUCGGAUUUGGUUCAGUUUUGGGUUUUAAAGGUUAUUUGUAAAACGUCAAAAAGUAGACGAAGCUAAGAUGGCUGACUUUCUAAAAGAAUUGCCUAGUCAUAACGAGGAUAAUUUUACAAGGUUCCACACAGAUUCCAGUUGUAGAUCAAAUAUGAGAAAACCAGCAGUGUAUAUUCCAACAGUGGACCACCCCUCAGAACAAGUUAUUACAACAGAAAAGACCAAUAUUUUGUUACGAUAUUUACAUCAGCAGUGGGAUAAAAAGAAUCAGAAUAAAAAGCGAGACUACAGCCGCUCCAGCCUAGAUUCCACAGAAAGCAGUUCGUCAUCUAAAAUGCCUCGACUUAAUUCAGAUGAUAUAUCAUAAACAAAUCCGGUGUAAGUUCCAGGGUGGACAAUGAAAGCAAAAGGAAUGUAAUCUGCUGUAGGAGGCAGUGGUCGGUCUGAUCUAUGCUGAUAUUGAAGUAAUAUUAUUAUGUUAUUCAUUGUUGUAUAUGAUUAAAGUGUUCACAAGGAAUAGGUUAUCUGAUAAAUGGUGUAUAAGUUCUGUAAGAAUGCCUUAGCAAGUCUAUAAAUUCAGUAAAGUACAUACAAGUUGUUGUAUUUUUAUGUUUAGUGGUGAAUUGUCUGAAGGGUGUAUAUGAAAGUUUAAGUACAUGUACUGUACAUGUGUAUGUUUUGUGAUAAUGAAAGUUGAAAAGAACACAUUGUGGAUAUUUUUCACACAGAAUUUUAUUUGUAGGGGUAAUAUUUCCCUGUCUUCUUUUGUUUAUCAUUGUUAACCAAAUCAGAGUGAGAAUUUAAAAAAGAGUAAAGCUCACCCUCCUCUCAAACAUAUGUAAGUUUUGGCAAAAGGCAAAUAUAGGCAAGUAUAGGUACAUGUAAAUAAAGGCAAAUGUAGGCAGGUUUUAGAUUUUGCUAAUAAAUUAUUGGUAUUCAUUAGUACCGGUGUAGGUUAAUCAAAUGAAGUUACAGUAAUUUAUUAUAUGUGAUAAUCUAUUCCAUCUCCAUCUUUUCAAGCCUGUUAGUAUUGUUAGCUUUUGAUUUUAGGCUUGCAGUGCUAAGUUUCUGGCCAUUAAGUCGUUUGUAAUGCUUUCUGACUGCUCCUAUAUUUUCAGUUCAAUUUUCUUUAUUGACAAUUACCAUGUUGGCAUACAGUCAUUUUCUGUGUUAAAGCACUUUUUUCAGGAAACAGCAUAAUGAUAUUCUUCUAGUAGUUGUAAUAUUUGUAGGGUUGACAAUUUUUCUGAUAUGAAUAUCACUAGUUUUUCACCAUCCUGAGAAUUGGUUCUGGAAACUGUUGAAAAUACAUUUGUAGAAAUUGAGCAUAUACUGAGUAAUUCAUUUAUUUCUUCUUUGCUUUUAAAAGGUAUUGAUGUAUGAAAAGAAGUUUAAAUGCUACAUUGUAAAUAUUUAUCCCAAAGUAAGAAAUUUAAUAAUCUAUAAAUUGAGUGUACGUAUGAACUACGUGU